AUGACAAAUAGCUUUACUCUAUUAGUUAGCUCUGUUUUAAAUAAAAACGUUAAAAGCUAUGGAAAGCAGUUUAUGUUUGACAGUGACUGUGAAACCUGUUGGAACUCUGAUUCUGGAAGUCCACAAUGGGUUCUAGUAAGUUUCCCAGAAGAAGUUUGUUUGUCUCUCGUACAAAUUCAAUUCCAAGGUGGUUUUGCUGGUCUAAAGUGUUAUCUGGAAGCUGGUCCAGAUACCAAAGAUUUGGGCCAUGUUGAAAAUAUAUAUCCAGAAGAUAUAAAUUCUAUCCAGGAGUUUAAAUUAAGUUCACCAGUGAAGUCCAAAGUGUUUAAAAUAGUUUUUGAAACCAGCACUGAUUUCUUUGGCAGGAUUGUUAUAUACCAACUGUCACUAUUCUCGUGACAUGUCAU